AUCCGGAAUCCCGACAUCUUGCAGAACGUGCGUUCUUCACGUCUGUGCGUGUGCUAGAGGUCACAUAAUCCAACAUGGCGGCGCCGGCAAAGAAAGUGUUUGAGGCUUUUGUGUCCCGAGUUCCGUGGACAGUAGCAAGCAGAGAACUAAAGGAAUAUUUUUCACAGUAUGGAGUUGUAAAGAAAUGCCUUCUGCCAUUUGACAAAGAAACUGGUUUCCACCGUGGAUAUUGUUGGGUUGGUUUUGCUUCAGAAGAAGGUUUACAGAAUGCGUUACAGAAAGAUGCACAUCUGCUAGAAGGAUCCAAACUCCAGGUUCAGCAGAACAGGAAACUGUCAGGAAAUACAAACAGACAUGGGCCAGGAGAGAGCUGAACAAGGAAUUUUAUUGUAUGGUGGAUUAAAAUGUCAAUAAACACAACGUAAAAACA